AUGUGUGUGUUUGUGUGCCCAUGUGCGCUCAUGUACCGCGCCUUCUCGGAGCUGCAGCUGCCAUCGGAGGCGGGUGCUCAGUGGUCACGCUGGCAGGGAGCACUGGCUGCCUGCUCUCUGGGUCUGCCCUCCGCCCACCCCGUCCAGGCCCUCGGGGAGAGCGCUGUCUGCUCCGGGCCUGGAAGGAUGAGCGGGACUUCCCUGUCUCCUCUGCACAGUGUACUUGCUCCUGAGAACAAAGCGAAGCAGAGGCUACAGCAGCCGCAGGGAGGGGAAGCAGGCCUCAGAGACCCCCGAACCUGA